AAGAAGACCAUUACUCGGCGCGUGGCUUGCAUGGAGAUGUCUGCUUUAUACCUCGCUCUGCUUCUGUUCUCGGAGCAUGUUAUCGACGGGAUAACCAGAUCAUAUGAAGGCACUGAGUUAGCGACAACACCGACAGUCACCUCCCCGUUACCGGAGCGAUGGCGGCGGCGGGACAAGCGGGGCUUGUUGGAGUUGGCGGGCGUCGUUAAAUGCAGCACUGGGAGGUCGGCGGUGGCUUACAUCAUGUAUGGAUGUUACUGCGGGCUGGGAGGCCAGGGAUGGCCCCGAGACAAGGCUGACUGGUGAGUACCAUCACACA